AUGACAAGAAGGACCCCGCCGGUUGUCAUCGACAUCGGUACAGGAUGUACCAAGAUGGGCUUUGCUGGAAACAUCGAGCCAACCUUCAUGAUCCCGACAGUCGUGGCCAAUGCUGCCAAGAAAUCGACUGGGAGUGUACAUAUCAGCCAGACGCCAUCCGCGCAAGGGCUGGCCGAUGCAGACUUCUACAUCGGCGAUGAGGCCUACAAGCUCAAGGACUCCCCCAACUAUCUGAUUUCCUCGCCUGUGUCGAAGGGAAGGAUCGAGCAUUGGGAUGACAUGGAGCGCUUCCUACAGCAGGCGAUCUUUCGGAGCCUGCGCUGCAUUCCGGAGGAUCACGACUUCCUCCUCACGGAGCCGCCGUUCAACACCCCGGAGAACCGGGAGCUGAUGGCGGAGAUGAUGUUUGAAACCUUCAAUGUUAACGGCCUCUACAUCGGCGUGCAGGCCGUCCUAGCUUUGUACGCGCAAGCCGUCAGCGAGGAGCAGUACGAGGGCACAAGCCCCAACCUGACCGGCUUGGUGGUGGAUUCUGGCGAUGGCCUCUCCCACGUAAUCCCUGUGGCGGAUGGCUACGUCAUCACGUCUUGCAUCCAGGUGCAAGAGCUGCUUGCUGAGAUGGCUCUGCAGGUUUCCCAAAGGCAGAGACCAGGAAUCCCUCGCCGCAGCGGCCGCCUCGCUGUGCUCCUGGCGGCCGCCUUGGCUUGGGCCGUGCUUGCAGGAUGUUCCGCGAUCUCAAAAGCAUUUGUGCAGCCGAGCCAUCGUGCCCCUGUUCAGGUUUUGCGACCCCCGCUGAAUGGAGCCGAUCACAGUCGCGUGCGCGACGAUGGCUUCUCUUUCCGUCUGGCCGGAACCAGCGCCGGCUUGGUCCUCGCCCUCGGUGGAAGCUUGGCAGUACACCGAAUCGGCGGCAGGACGGCGCGCAAGUCUCGAGGUGGCUUCGAUGCAGGUGCAGAUCUGGAGCUGCCGGAAGGAUGCACGCUCGGGGAUCUCACCCCAGAAUGUGUCUCGCACUGGGCCACACCCUGUUCUGACCUGACGAUUGGUGUGCUGAAGGAAACUGCUGUGCAGAGUGGCACUGGUGAGUUGGAGAAGCGGGUGGCCGCCACACCAGCCUCAAUUGCCUUGCUGCAGAAGGAAGGAUACAACGUGGUCGUGCAAGCCAGUGCGGGCUUCGCUGCCGAGAUCUCCGACGAGGCUUUCGAGGAAGCAGGAGCCAAGGUGCUUCCGGAUUCGUUUGCCGUGCUCCAGCAGGCAGACAUCAUCUUCAAGGUGAGGCCUCCAAGCUUGAACGAGGUCAACCACAUGCGGGACGGCACCACCCUCUUCAGCAUGAUCUACCCGGCUCAGAAUGAGAACCUGGUGAGCGCGAUCCAGAAUAAGAGAAUCACAUGCUUCGCGAUGGACCAGAUGCCUCGAACUCUGAGCCGUGCCCAAGCCUAUGACGUGCUGAGCUCGAUGGCAAACAUUGCCGGCUACCGAGCCAUGGUGGAGGCCAGCCACUACUUUGGCCGCUUUUGUGCCGGGCAGUUCACGGCUGCUGGCAAGGUGGAUCCGGCCAAGGUCCUCGUGAUUGGCGCGGGCGUGGCCGGGCUUGCUGCCAUCCAGCAGGCGAAGAACAUGGGUUGCAUCGUCCGAGCCUUCGACGUGCGUCCAGCCACCCGCGAGCAGGUGGUGGCAGCAGGAGGUGAGUUCUUGGAGGUCCAGAUUGAGGAAGAUGGUUCGGGCACAGGUGGCUAUGCCAAGGAGAUGUCCAAAGAGUUCAUCGACGCGGAGAUGGAGCUGUUCCGUCAACAGUGUGCAGAAUGCGACAUCGUCAUCACCACUGCGUUGAUUCCGGGCAGGCCUGCGCCGAAGCUGCUCACCAAGGAGCACAUUGAUGGCAUGAAACCUGGAAGUGUCGUGGUGGACUUGGCCGCCGAGACUGGGGGAAAUGUGGAAACCACAAAGCCCGGCAAAGUCUAUGAGUAUAACAAGGUUACGCACAUUGGCCUGUCUCUCUAUGAGCAUAUGCCCAGCCGAAUGCCUGCGCAGGCAUCGUUCCUCUAUGCCAACAACAUGGCGAAGUACUUGUGCAGCAUGGGGCCUCAGGGACACUUCUUCAUCGACUAUGAUGAUGUCCCGACCCGCGGGGCGAUGAUCUGCCGCGAAGGCGACCGCACUUGGCCUUGGAGCCCGCCCAAGGUCGAGGCGCCACCUGCGAAGGAGGAGGAGGAGCCCACCGAGGAGCCCGUCGCCGAGUUGAGCCCCGAGGAGGAGUCCUUUCAAAGCACCGCGUCCACGGUGGCCCUUGUCUCAUUGAUCGUCAUGGCCAUGUUGGCAGCGGGCACGGCUGGCGAGUCGGUAACGACAAUGCUCACCACUCUGGCCCUUGCUCUCAUCGGAGGCGCUCAGGUUGUCUAUGGUGUCGUGCCUGCGCUGCAUUCGCCCCUGAUGUCGGUCACAAAUGCAAUCUCGGGGCUGACAGUAGUCGGCGGCAUUCUCAUGAUGGGGGGAGGCUACAUGCCCGAGACAUUGCCUCAGUGGCUGGCGGCUGCCGCGGCGCUGAUUUCCAUGGUCAAUGUAGGAGGAGGCUUCGUGAUGACAAGGCGCAUGAUCGACAUGUUCAAACGAGAGACGGAUGUCUCACAGUUCGCGGAGCUGUAUGCCCUUCCCGCAGCACUCUUCGUGGGGCUGUAUGUUUUUGGCACAUCCUUUGGCUACAUGGACUUGGCCUCUGAGAGCCAAAUGGUCUACCUCAUCUCCUCUCUCAUGUGCAUCGUUGCCAUCGGAGGGCUGAGCUCCCAGCAAACUGCCCAGUUCGGCAAUGCCAUGGGCCUGAGCGGCGUGGUGGGCGCCCUGGCAGGAACGCUUGGCCUGGCCUACGCCCAGGGAGCGAGUGCUGCAGUUCUCACUCAAAUCGCCACUGUCCUGGCAACUGGCACCGCUCUGGGCAUGGCUGUGGCAUCGCAGGUGGAGAUCACAUCUCUUCCUCAGCUGGUGGCGGCAUUCCACUCACUUGUGGGUAUGGCUGCCUCCCUCACCGCGAUUUCUUCGGCUCUGCAGCACCCAGGGGCAGAUGCUAUGCACGCCACAUCCGAGUAUCUGGCAAGUGGGAUUGGUGCGUUGACCGUCACCGGAUCUGUGGUCGCUUUUGCAAAGUUGCAGGGCUUGGUGGGUGGCAAUGCCAGUAUCCCGGGUGGUAACGUGUUGUCCGGAUCUUUGACCGCUGCCUUUGCAGCAGGGCUUUGGGCGUACCUCCAGCACCCCAUGCCCGGCAUGGAGCUCUCCACAUUGGGAUUUGGAACCCUCGCCGCGGCCGGUAUGGGCUUGGUGGUGACGUCGCAGGUGGGAGGCGCCGACAUGCCGGUAGCCAUCACCCUCCUGAACUCUGCAUCUGGCUGGGCUCUGACGGCCGAGGGCUUCGUGCUCUCCAACAACCUGCUGACAAUCGUCGGAGCCCUGAUUGGUUCGUCUGGUGCGAUUUUGAGCCAGAUCAUGUGCGAGGCGAUGAACCGCAACAUCCUGGAAGUGCUGGGUGUCACUGCGAAGCCUCAAAAGCAGGGAGGUUCCACUUAUCAGAUAGAAGGCGAAGUGACAACCACCAACAACGACCACGUCGCUGACCUCUUGGCAACUGCCAAGAAGGUUGUCAUCGUUCCAGGCUAUGGUGUUGCGGUAUCCAAGGCUCAGUACGCCUUGGCACAGCUGAUCGAGAUGCUCACGGAGAACGGUACAGAUGUGAAGGUCGCCAUCCACCCGGUGGCCGGGCGCAUGCCUGGGCAGCUUAACGUGCUGCUGGCAGAGGCAGGCGUGCCUUACAACCAGGUUCUCGAGAUGGAGGAGCUGAAUGAUCCGUCCGACUGGGAAGACGUCGAUGUGUCACUGGUCGUGGGCGCCAAUGAUACAGUCAAUUCAUUGGCGGAGGACGAUCCGAACAGUCCGAUUGCAGGAAUGCCUGUAAUCCGCGUCUGGCUAGCAAAGAAGUGCAUCGUCGUCAAACGCUCCCUGGGAGUGGGCUAUGCGGCUUUGGACAACCCGGUCUUCUACAAGGACCACACCGACAUGCUCCUCGGUGACGCCAAGGAGGUUGGCCAGUCGUUGGAAGAGCUCGUGCACACAAAGCUUCAUCAGCACAAGCUGCCUUAG